AUGUCAAUUCCAAUAUACUUAAAGUUGAAGGGUACUCCACCACCUGAAUAUAAAAUUGAUAAUAAUACAUUGAUUUAUAAUGAAAAAAUUUAUGAGUUUUCAAAGAUUUUAAAUAAUGAAGGUAAUGAACAAGAUGAACUACAAGAACGCAUAGACGAUGAAUCUGAUUCUUGUUGUUAUAUCUUCAUGGGACCUACUGGAAGUGGUAAAACAACCACCAUGAAGAAAGUACUUGAAUCAAAAUUAAAUGAACUUAGAUCUCUGAAAUCUCCAGUAUUUGUUUCAGCCAUCGAGGUCUCACAUAACCGAUAUGCGAUUGAUCUACUUGAAAGAGAAUUACAUCAAGCUAAGAAGGAAUAUCUGCUGCAUAAAGAAUUUAAUACCAAAAAGGAAAAACUUGAUUUUGGAACUAAGCAAGAUUUAAUUAAAAGGAUCUUUAGACAGAGAUCAACCCAUAAAACCCCAUCCAAUGCAGAAUCUAGUAGAUCAUGUUUGAUACUCACCUUGUCACACAAUGGUAAGAGAAUCAUUUACAUGGAUCUCAUGGGGAAUGAAAGAUUUGAUAAGACCUUAUCAUCGGCAAACAUUUUUGCAAACAUGAAUAUGAGUGCCAUUACUUUAUUAUUAACUGGUAAGCGAUCCACUAAUGUAAGAUCUUCUAAUUUGAUAUCUAAUUUAAUUUUCAAGAGAAAUACUCAAGAAAAGGAAAGGAAAGUCAAUAUAAUACUUGUAUUAGAUCCAAGUGGUGAUGAAAAUUUGAAUAAAUCUUCAUUAAGAAAUAUUGCUGAGUUAGUACAAAACUUUAAUGGUGUUUCCAAUGAAACGAAGAAGACCAGAAGAGAUAACUUUAUUCUGAAGAAACAUAGUAUGGUUGAACCUUGUUUGAAAUUGGAUUCAAUGCCUCAUUAUUCUAGGCCAACUAUUGCUUCAAGAUCAUCUUCAUCUACAUUUUCUAGUCCCAGAAGACGGUCACACUUAAAGGAAAUUAAGAAGAGAAGCUUAUCAUUGAGUCCUGAAAAGGCAAUCAAUAAAGGUACUAAAAGAAGUAGAGUUGAUUUUAAUUACGAUUUAAAAAUUGAUCCAUUAUCUUCACCGUUAAAAAAGAUUAGACCAAAUCUGAUUAUCAACGAUAUCAAAAUAAACUCUACAGAACUUGAAAUUGAGAAGUUAAAGAAGACCAUUAGAGAAUUGCAAGAGGAUUUUAUGGGUUCACAAGAAAAAAUCAGAAAUCUUGAAGAGUUGAAUUUAACUCUUCAAAAUCAAAAUGGAGUACACGAAAUGAACAUUCAAACACUUCAAGAAACGAACCAUAUACUUGACGGAAAGAAUCGAAAACUUCAAGAUGAGAAUCAAUCAGUUUAUGAUUUGAAUGAUGAUCUUGAAGUUCAUAAUAAUUUUCUUGAAGAAAAGAAUAAACAUUUCCAAGAAGAAAAUAAUUCUCUUUAUAAGGUUAAUGAAAAUCUUGAAAAGAAAAAUGAAAGUCUUCAACAAGAGAUUGAUUUAUUCCAAGCUCAAAUUAAGAGCCUUCAACAUGAAUUUGACAAGGUUGAAACUCAAAAGUUAGACUUGAAUAAUAACAAUCAACAAUUGUUAUCAAAGAUAAAGAAAUAUCAAGAAGAUAACAUUGAGCUUGAAAACAAUCUAUUUGAAAUUAAUCAAAACAUUGAUUUGAUUAAACAAGAAAAUUCUAAUCUUUUAAUUUUAAUUGAGAGUUCCAAUGAGAAGGUCAAUGAACAGAAUAAUGUAAUAAUUGAAUUGACCGAUAAGAAUUCUAAGCAAGUCAUUGAGAAGAAUAUUUUGAUUCAACAAUGGUCUGAAUUGAGAGAUGACUUUAUUGCAUUUCAAAGUGAACAUGAUUCGUUUAGCUCUUUAGUUGAGGCAAUAAAGCUUCAAAUGAAUGACAUUAAACGAAUUAAUGAAGAAAAAAUUGUUGAUAUCAAUAAAAAAUUUGAAAAUGAAACUUUAGCAUUAAAGGAUGGUCAUAUGAAAUCAAUUAAUGAAUUGAACGAUCAAUUAACAUCAGUUAAAAGAUUGAAGAAUGAAUUGAAUUCAAAUAUCGUUAAUUUACAAAAUGAAAACGAUUUGUUACGUGAAAGAGUUUCAGAAGAAGAUUUCUCAAGACAAAGUGAUGAUGAAGAGAAUGAAAAGGAAAAAUCUGAAUUAUUAGAAAUUAUUGAUACUAAAACGGUACAAAUAAUUGAAAAACAAGAUGAAAUCACUGCACUUUGCCGGCAAAUAAAAGAAAUGAAAGAAUCUAAUAGUAUUAAAUUAUAUUCCUUAAAUCGGGAACUUCUUCAAGUCAAGAAUGAAAAGAAUCAAAUGACUGAAAAGCUUAAUCAAGUGACUACAGAACUAGAAACUCUUCAAUCAGGACAAAGUACAAGACCAAUGAUACUUGACUCAUUCACAUCACCUCGUGAAAAUCAAUUAUUGCCACACAUUGAUUUUUUGGAUCAAUUUACAAAUUUCAAUGAUACUUCGAUAUUUAAUGGAUCUCAAAUUUACGAAGAUACUAGAUCAGAAAGUGAUCUGCUUGGCAAAAUGAGUCCUUCCGAUAACGAUAGUGAUAUGGCAACUUCUUCAAUGGGAAUUUUGGCACCAUCCAAAUUUGAAAAUCUUAAUUCAUUUACCCUUGAUAAGAAAUCUAAACAUAAACCUUUCCAUUCCAAUAAAUUGCCUAGUUUGACCCCAAUUCACGAGGUAUGA